GAAAAACGACGAUGCGUUUAAACCUUGGAAACACAGUACAGAAGAAAACGCAAACGAAGUGUGACUUCUUCUUCCUGCAUCGUGUUAGGGCUCACUGCGUUGCAGAUUCCUUUUCAAAUUCUUCCUAUUCACCAAUUAACCAUCAUCGCUCGAUGCCUAUCACCACCUUUGAAUAAUGCUCUUUUCUUCGAUCGCUUUUUCAUUGCAUCGAACAGUUCAGAUCUCUCCAUCAUUUCCGAUCCUUAACCCGCCAAAUCGAAACUCAUAGACGUGAUCUCGAUAUACGGUGCUGAGGUAGUGAAAAGAUUGAACUGUGAACAGAAUGAAUUACCUUCUUGGAGCUUUCAAGCCAGCUUGUAAUGUUUUGAUCACAUUUAACGAUGGGAAAAACCGGAAGCAGGUUCCAUUUAAAAAAGAGAAUGGACAAACAGUUACAGUCCCACUUUUCCAAAGUCAAGAAAACAUUGUUGGGAAGGUUACAAUAGAACCAAUGCAAGGGAAGAAGAUUGAUCACAAUGGUGUAAAAGUUGAACUCCUUGGACAAAUAGAGAUGUAUUUCGACAGAGGAAACUUUUAUGACUUUACUUCCCUUGUAAGAGAACUGGAUGUUCCUGGAGAAAUCUAUGAAAGGAAAACAUAUCCUUUUGAGUUUUCUACUGUUGAAAUGCCAUAUGAAACAUACAAUGGAGUCAAUGUGAGGCUCAGGUAUGUCUUGAAAGUGACCAUUAAUCGUGGUUAUGCAGGAAGCAUAAUAGAGUACCAGGAUUUUGUGGUUCGCAACUACAGUCCGCCUCCAACAAUUAAUAAUAGCAUCAAGAUGGAAGUUGGCAUUGAAGAUUGUCUACACAUUGAAUUUGAAUACAACAAGAGCAAGUAUCAUCUAAAAGAUGUCAUCAUUGGUAAGAUUUACUUUCUACUUGUCAGAAUCAAGAUAAAAAACAUGGAUCUUGAGAUUAGGCGUAGAGAAUCAACAGGAUCUGGAACCAAUACCCAUGUUGAGACAGAAACAUUGGCUAAAUUUGAGUUGAUGGAUGGUGCGCCUGUCAGAGGUGAAUCCAUCCCAAUCAGAUUGUUCCUCAGUCCUUAUGAGCUCACACCAACACAUAGGAACAUCAAUAACAAAUUCAGUGUCAAGUACUUCUUAAAUCUUGUGUUGGUUGAUGAAGAGGAUAGACGAUACUUUAAGCAGCAGGAAAUCACCAUGUAUAGGCUGCAAGAAUCUUCAUAAUCAAUUAUCAAUACAGGGAAUGAGGAUUAGGUCUGUAUUAGGAAUAAACAAGCUUGCGGUGAACAUUGAAGGAACUUGGAAAUAUGGGAAUCAGUCAUGUGAAUCAUUUAUCUUUCUAAGUUGUAAAAUGAGGAUUGGGAUUCUAGCAAAAGGAUCAAUGCUUGAAAAUUCAAAGCUUGCAAUUGUGUACAUUGGCUGAUCUCUCUUUCUUGUCUUACACAGUUUUUAGAUCUUUUAGACAUACCCUUUGAAGGAAGCAUCUGUUCUCGGUUGUGGUUGGUGAUAUCUAUGGAGAGUGUGGUGACUGAAGUUAUUAUUACUGAAUAUUUAGUGUGGUAUCUUUGGUUUUUCUUUUAUAGGAUUGCUCUAUUGGCUGAACAUAGGCAUGUCUUACCCUUCUUCCAUUGUCAUUUUUAAAAAUUAAUUUGGGGUGAUAAAUGAUUAUUCGGAAUAUGAUGUGGAUUCUGUUCAGUUA